AUGUGGUCUUUUGCAGUGAUGGAUCGACAGCGCAAAAGUCGUCGAAGUUCGAUUCUGAAAAUUCGACAAACGGAGGUUGUAUCGGAAAAGGUCACAGUUGAAGAUGACACCGCAAAGCAAGUAAUGAAACGACGUGUCAGUUUUCAUAAUGUGAAAACUGUGCAAAACUUUGAGAAGGACAAUUUGAAUCUGUUAGAUGGCUCACCAUUUCGAGAAAAAAUUCAGGAGACGAUGAGUUCAGAUGGGAUUUUAACGUAUGUAGCGUUUGAUUUCCCAGUGGUUUUGAAGUUUCCUCAUGUCUCUGUUAGGCGCUGGUGUAGUGCAGAGGGUCCUCCGAGAAUUCCCCGUUUGGAUUUUGAUGAUGUGACAAAGUACACAGCAGCAGAUAUGUCAAUCUGUGAUACGACUGUUCGACAAGAUGUUCCUUCCCCGGUAGAUAUGUCUCUGUGCCAAACAACUUGUGAACAGCCUGAAUCUUCUCGACCUAGCGGCAGCCAAUCCGACCGCACACAGUAUAGCUGUGUUGACAUGUCUUUUAGCACUACAGCCACUGGUGGAGAUUCAAUGGCGGACAUGUCGAGACGUACUUCAAAUGACACGUUCGCAUGUUUGAACAUUCAACCUGGUCAAUCUAUCCCGGGUCUGCAGACUCCACGCUGGACCCAAAGUACUUGCGAUAAGUCCUCCAUUUCAACGUUUGACGACGAUACUGCGCUUGUCUUUGAAAAAGGAAAUGCAUUGUCGAAUGGAAAGCAGGAGCCGCAACAAUGCAACACCGUCUUCAAUACCUCCUCGUUUAUGUCAGAGUGUACUGACGCUGGCGACACGAUGAGAGUUUUCGAUUGUUUGAUGCCGAAUGUGGGCGCUGGAGAUAUGGCGGAGCACGAUAGAUCUCGUGAAAGGACCGCUAUGGCGAUGGUAUGA